UAAAAAUAGGCUAGAAUUCAAAUAAAAGGAAACGAAAGACCUGUACCUGAAGAAUGUCGUCAGGCUGCUCUUUUGAAUCACGUCAUUCGACGUGAAAAUGUCCUAAACUGUGUCGGAGCAUCAGUACUGGAAUCCUGGAUUGAAAAUGGCUUCUAAAUUGUGUCAAUCUUCUCCCGCUCUGGGACUCCCCAAUGCUUCUCUGAAGCCUAGAUUGCGUCAAUUGACGGAAAUUCCAAGGCAGACAAUGAAAUCGUGGAGAAAUCUGCCACGGAAGUCAUCAAAACACAGUCGCAGUUCAGUUUUCUCAGUCCAGAUGACUAUCCAAAUCCAGGAUCAGAACCCAUCAUCUUCUGUCGACUUACAGUCUGUUGACGUUAAUGACAAUGGGAGUGUUGAUUUGGCGGCGACGACAGCUCCUAGAGAUUUGGUCUCUCUACCCAGGCCUCUGUCUGUAACAGAUCUCGCUACGCCGCCCAGCCAUGGAUCUCAGGUCCGCGUGGCCUAUCAGGGAGUUCCUGGAGCAUACAGUGAGGCAGCUGCAAUGAAAGCUUAUCCACACUGUGAGGCAGUACCUUGUGAACAGUUUGAAGCUGCAUUUCAGGCUGUUGAACUGUGGCUCGUAGACAGAGCAGUGUUGCCCAUUGAAAAUUCCCUUGGAGGCAGCAUUCACCGUAAUUAUGAUCUACUUCUUCGCCACCGCUUGCAUAUUGUGGGUGAAGUGCAGCUAGCAGUUCAUCAUUGCCUUUUAGCACUUUCUGGGGUGAAGAAGGAAGAGAUCAAGCGUGUUCUAAGCCAUCCACAGGCACUCUCUCAAUGUGAGCAUACACUGAGUGCUUUGGGUGUUAUACGUGAAGCAGUAGAUGAUACAGCAGGUGCAGCCCAGUUCAUAGCUGCAAAUAAUCUCCGAGACACGGGGGCUGUUGCAAGUGCCCGAGCUGCUGAGAUUUAUGGCCUUGACAUUGUUGCCAAUGGGAUUCAGGAUGAUUCAGACAAUGUUACUCGCUUUUUGAUGUUGGCCAGAGAACCAAUAAUUCCAAGAAUUGACAGGCCAUUCAAGACAAGCAUCAUGUUCACGCUCGAGGAAGGACCUGGAGUACUUUUCAAGGCACUUGCAGUAUUUGCUCUGAGAAAUAUCAAUCUAACAAAGAUAGAAAGUAGACCUCAAAGAAAGCGACCUUUGCGGGUAGUUGAUGAUAGUAACACUGGUGCUGCAAAGUACUUUGACUAUCUCUUCUACAUUGAUUUUGAAGCAUCUAUGGCAGAUCCACGAGCUCAAAAUGCGUUAGGUCAUCUACAGGAAUUUGCAACAUUCAUGCGGGUGCUGGGUAGUUAUCCUAUGGACAUGACCCCCAUGGGUCAGUCAUGAGCAUAUUGAGAAAUUCUUCUUUUAUUCAAUAUUCAGUUAACUCCAGAAGUUGGUAUAAUAUGAACAUUUCAACAUUUCUUCUCUAGGCUGAAUGUUUCUUUAAACUGGAGAAAGUGCAGUGACUGCCAAUUUCCUAAGUUGAGGCAAUCAGAACAGACGCCAAUUCCAGUAACAUUUGCAUGUUUAUGAUGGAAUAUGAGUGGGGGUCAUAUUACUUUUGUUUACAGAAGAUUUGUAAAUCUGGCCUGUUUGUAACCAUUUCCUGAAGUCACCUCGCAGUGACUGACACCUCACUUUAAAAAAAUAUGUAGAUACAUGAAUGUGUACAUCUUUUGAGCUUGAAUCACUUAUUCAGUUAUUCUUUGUUGGCAAUUAAAAUUAAGACUUGCAGCUCCUGAUGAUAUCGGAGUAUUAAAUAAUUUCUGGGUCAAGAGAUUGAUAACAUAUUGUAUUCAGUGCACAGUAAUAUGAGUAUCAUGGAAUUCAUUUUCCAAUUUCUGAA